UGGUGGAAAACUGACGGGCAGCAGACACGCAACCCGGAAAUUUUGAUUUCUUCUGACUGAUUUAGUGAGUAAAUUUUAAUGAAAGUGUUUGGAAGUUGAGGAACUGAUUGAGGAGCACAGUUUCAAUAAAAAAAAUGAGUGAUGGUGGAAGUCUAAUUGACGUAACCGACCCAAAUUUCUACCAGAGUUUCAAGACUCCUGUUUUCAAAGCGGCACAAGAGGGCGACCUUCAAAGAAUUCAGGAAUGUCUCCGGUCGUUCAGCGAAGACGAGGUAAAAUGGCUUGUUUCUCAAACUGUAGAAAAAACAACGCCACUGAUCGUGGCAAGUCGAAAUGGCCACCUGAAUAUCGUGAACUAUUUUUUGGAGAAAUGUAAAGCGAGCGUUGAACAAGUCGGGUCGGUGACGUUCGAUGGAGAGACGAUAGAUGGGGCUCCGCCCCUUUGGUGUGCGGCAGCCGCGGGCCACUUCUCAACGGUACAGAGUUUGAUGAGACACGGUGCAAGAGUCAACCAGACGACAUUUUCAAACUCUACGCCGCUACGAGCUGCUUGUUUUGACGGCCAUUUUAACAUCGUUAAGCACCUCAUUCAACAUGGAGCGGAUAUCGAGCUAGCAAACCGCCAUGGCCACACUUGUCUGAUGAUUUCCUGCUACAAAGGACACUUUGACAUCGCCCAGUUUUUGCUUUCCCUUAAUGCAGACGUCAACCGCAAAAGCAUCAGAGGAAACACCGCAUUACAUGAUUGUGCCGAAUCGGGCAGUCUUGACAUCAUGAAGCUGUUGCUGAAACACAACGCACUGAUGGACGUCGAUGCCUACAACAUGACCCCACUCAAAGCUGCUGCCGUUGCUGGCCAUAAUAACAUUGUUGACUACUUAGUUACACGUUCAAAUAUACCCAAGGCUGAAAAGGUUGAUGCCUUAGAAUUGGCUGGUGCAACUGCGGUAGACAAGAAACGAGAUAUGCAUCAAGCACUGAGGUACUGGCAGCGGGCCUUAGAUGAAAGGAACUGUGACCCUGCAAAUGUUAUUAAAAAGCCGCCAACAAAAGCAAUACCAGCAUAUGAAUGCUCGGUUGAGGUGAAUUGUGCAAAAGAUUUAGAAAACAUGGUUGGAGAUCCGGAUGAAAUGCGCAUGCAAGCAUUACUGAUUCGGGAACGCAUCCUAGGACCCACGCAUCCUGACACUACUUAUUAUAUAAGAUACAGAGGAGCAGUGUACGCUGAUUCGGGUAGCUUUGAACGCUGCAUUCUACUUUGGAUGUACGCCUUAGACAUGCAGCAAAAAGCGCUUGAACCCUUGAACCCCAUGACGCAAAGCAGCUUGCUGUCUUUUGCAGAACUCUUUGCGUACAUGCUGUCAGAUCGUAAUGGGGAGCGAGUCUGUAAUAAUCUAGAGUAUAACACAGUGUCUGUAGUUUACCUGAAGGGUAUCUCGGAGAUCAAACGAGGCAUGGAGGCGGCAGUUAUCGGUCCUAUGGCAGAGAAAGAGGCAGUGAACUUCAACCGUGCCCUUCUCAUUAUGAUGCAUCUAAUGUGCCUCAUCGCUAAACUCCAAGGGUCAGAGGACGAAGAAGAAGAAGUCCGACAAGCAACUUACAGAUUUCUCAAACUCAAACCAACGGGAAGUAAAGGCGCAACACCCUUACAUUUCGCUGUAGAGGAAACCACCUCGUCAGUUGGACGGUAUCCAGUAUGCAAAUUCCCUGACAAGAGAGUACUGGGGUUGCUGCUCAAGUGCGGUGCUGAAGUGAACGCCGUCGAUGCGCAUGGGAACGCAUCCCUGCACGUCGCUGCAAGGAGCUCCUCGGACAGUCUUGUCAAGCACGAUCGGGGAGAAAUAAUGAGGUUGCUUCUGAACCAUGGGGCUCACAUUGAUUCUCGGAAUCAAGAUGGGAAAACUUUCCUUGAUCUAAUGGGAGAUGAUCUGUGUGAUGUUUCACAAAUCAACUAUACAACGCUGCAAUGUUUAGCUGCAAGAACAAUUAUGAAGCACAAGAUACGAUUUAAGGGCAUCAUUCCCCAACGAUUGGAAGAAUUUGUCAAAGUUCACUAACUUUUCUGUCUUUUGUAUAGAAAGAAAUUGCAAAAGAUUCAUAAAAAUUACCCCAAACCUUAAAUUUUCUCCAGUAAUAUACUGACUGUUGAAUAUAUAGUAACACCAACAAUUUUUGAAAACAAAGUUAUAUUAAAACAAAUUUUAAUCCCAGAAAAUGUUGCACAAAUUGUGAAUGAAUGUAGAGUUAAAAGAAGACCCAGUUGUUUAGUCAAACAGUAUGCUUGGUAAAUCGUCAAGAGAAACCACAUUGUGCACUUCAUUUAAUAUGUGGUGUCACAGUUAACCUUCAUCAAAAACUACCUUAAAGGGUCUAUGUAACUUUUGUAGGACAAAAAACACAAUGUCCACAGAUUUACACUAAACUUACACA